GUUUUACUCAGUAAUACGAACGCAUCGUUGGUUUCAACGAGCUUACAAGGAAGAACAAACCAUCGACUGCAACAAAUGGAAUAUCGCCAACCCUCUGCACAAACUUCUAACGCCGAGUCGUUUCCUCAGAUUACAAAAUCCCUACAUAGUUCAUCUGCAUCUACAAAUAUAGUUACAACCGAAGUAAUGUUUUCUGGAGAUUUCAAGGAUGAAGAAGAAAAAAUGCCACAUGUAGAAAAGGAAAACUUUGGUAAAUUGAGAAAUCAUGGAUCUAACCAUAGACCAAAUAUUAAUUCGCUCGUGGGAACCAUCAACCAUACUCAGUUCAACUUCGUAUGGAAUGUCAGAGAAAUGAGAAACAUGUUGUCGAGAAAAGAAAGAGCGGAUCAAAAAAGCUUGACUCAUCGAAGUGAUUCCACCCAUGAAUUUAUUCCCACAACUAACACCGACGCGAAUGGUAAUAGAUCUUUCAACCAUGCGAAUGAUGAAACUAAAUGGGAAAUGCAAAAUAGAAGUAUACAUGGAAGGCAUUGGGUCGAGUAUAACUUCGACGCGGGAGCAUCCACAACGACCACCGACACUUCCCUUCCAGAGAAUCCCGUCGGUCUCAAAAAUCCAAAUAUUUUGGUCGGUCCAUGGAUUGAAGAGCCGGCGGUGCGUAAAUCAAAAGCGAAUUUCAGCGGUGAAAAUGACACCCUCGUGACGGCACAGACUGGCAGCACAGCGCAGUUGCCGUGCGUCAUUUCCAACAGAGGUGACCACGAGACCGUAUCAUGGAUACGAAGUCGCGACCACCACCUCAUCACGGUGGGGCGGCAGACCUACAGCAGCGACAACCGCUUCUCUGUUAACUUCAACCAGCAUUACAGCCAAUGGACGCUACACCUGCGCUACGUACAGCCGCGCGACGCAGGCGAGUACAUCUGCCAGCUGUCGACCGACCCUCCGAUGGUGCAUCUUGUCAGGCUCUCAGUAACUGCCCAGGCCUCGUCGGUGAUCGCGGGCGGGCGCGAGCGCUACGUGCACGAGGGCAGCAGCGUGAGGCUGGAGUGUGUCCUGCAGAACCACACGCAGCCUCCCGACUACGUCUUCUGGUACCAUAACGGUACCAUGAUUAACUAUGACCUCAAUAGGAAGGUGAGAGCUAUAACGGUACCAUGAUUAACUAUGACCUCAAUAGGAAGGUGAGAGCUAUAACGGUACCAUGAUUAACUAUGACCUCAAUA